CUACUUUUGCCAACACUAAUCCUUCAAUUCAACAUGUUUCAGGUUUCUUGCUUGAGCGAUUUCAAGAACUUGGAGCGACUUGACUUGAGCUUCAACAACCUCACUUCUCUUGAGGGAUUGAAGUCUUGCGUGAAUUUGAAGUGGUUAUCGGUUGUGCAAAACAAAUUGCAAAGCUUGAAAGGAAUUGAAGGACUUUCUAAGCUUACUGUGCUAAAUGCGGGUAAAAAUAAACUUAGGUCAAUGGCUGAAGUUGGGUCCCUUGCCAGCUUACGUGCUUUAAUAUUGAAUGACAAUGAGAUCGUUUCCAUUUGUAGGCUUGAUCAAAUGAAGGACUUGAAUACACUAGUUCUUUCUAGAAAUCCAAUCCGUGAAAUUGGUGAGUCUCUGCUUAAAAUGAAAUCUCUAACGAAGCUUUCUCUCUCUAACUGCCAGGUUGAGAGUGUUGGUUUGUCACUCCAGUCCUGUGCUGAACUGAAAGAACUCAGACUUUCUCACAAUGAUAUUAAAGCUCUCCCAGCUGAGUUGGGUUAUAAUAAGAAGCUCCAAAAUUUGGACUUGGGAAAUAACUUGAUUACCAGAUGGUCAGACUUUAAGGUGCUAAAUUCAUUAGUUAGUUUGAGAAAUCUCAAUCUACAAGGCAACCCUAUAGCUGAAAAUGAUAAAUUAGCAAAGAAGGUAAGAAAUUCAUUGCCAAACUUGCAUGUAUUUAAUGCUAGACCGAUAGAUAAAGGCACCAAAAAUGAUAAGGGAGACAUGGUUGAUGAUUCAAAGAGUGCUGCUAAAAAACAUAAAGUUCAUUUGGCAGAGAAAAGAGAUCACAUCAAGGAAGUGAACUCCAAGGGACAUGUGACUGGUCAAAAUGAGGAUAAUCAACUGAUGGCUCGUAUUAAUCUUGGUACGGGAAAAGAAUUAAAACGUAAAAGGAAUGACACAAGUGACAAACUCUUGAAGAAAGAAGUUCAGCACAAUAAAGAGGAUUUUGCUGUUGAAAAUAAAUUAAAAAAGAAGUCAAAAGAAAACCAAUGUUGUGUAAAGGAUGAAAAGGGAGAUGGGCAUCUAAAUGGUUCUAGACAUGUUGAUAUGGAGAAAGGAUCGGAGCAGGAGAGAAACAAAACUACCGACAAGUGCGCAAAGAAAGAAGUUCCUGUCAAUGUUGAUAGUAAGGGAGUUGAAAAGAAAAAAAAGAAAAGGUCAAAGAGGGAACGAGGUGAACUUGAUGUGAUAGAUGAUGGAGAAACUUCUUUUGCAGACCUUUUCUCUGCAGAUAUUGCUGAAAAUCCCACAUUUGAUGGGGAAGACAAGAUGGUUGAUGAAACUUUACGGUUGAAGUCGGUGGAUGGUUCAGUUGCCACUUCCGCUAAGAGAAAGAAAAGUAAAAACAAGGGUAUGGCUGCUGCACUUGAGUUGUCUCAAGGAGUUGAAGUUGGAUUGGGAGGGCCAUCAACAUGGGGUGAUGACUGAUAAGUGUGAUUAUUCUGCAAAGGAGCUGAGUGAAUGUUUUGUGUGUUGUUGAGUUAGAUUACUCUCAUUUGAGAUGUCUUCUAUGAGUUUGAGUUUGAGUUCCUAGAAAUUCUUUAGCAUUGACUGAAAAAAGUGACUCGUGACUCUUGUAAUUGAUGAAAUUUUGAUCAUGAGAUUUUUAUCACUGUUUUUUUUUUUUUUUUUUUUCUCUGAGGGCUUUUGAUGCUUUACUUUCACUGUGGUUCUUGGGUCCAAGUGUAUUCUGUAAUACAGUUCUAGCCUACUAUUGGAGCAAA